UAGAACUUCACAGUGCGGUCAUCAUUAAACCCACCCCUUUCUGAAGAGGAUAAAAGGAAUAGAAACAUUGUUACAUUGAAACAUUGAUUUCAUUCUGUUCCUGACACAUGAUGGAUCUGCGAAUCUCUGUCGUUCUUCUUUUCAUCUUUCUCACUGGAGGAUAUUCUCUCAAGUGUUACAAGUGCACGUCUGAUUCGUCCGGUUCCUGUAAUGCAACAGAGGAGACAUGUUCAGCUGGAUCUUCUAAAUGUCUUAGCACAACAGUGGAAAAGCUUGUUUGUUCCAAUAUGGAGUACAACACAACUAAAGGGUGUGCAAAAGAAUGUGAACCUCAGAACAAAACGCUUCCAAGUGGAGCAAGAAUGUUUAUGCACUGCUGUGACUCUGAACUCUGCAAUGCAGCAGAUGGAGUGUUUAAGGGAAGCUUCCUCCUGCUCUUGUCUCCUCUGCUCUUCUACUUCCUGUUUCAGUGAUUCGAGUUGCUCUUCAUAUUCUACAGCGAAGAUCAGCGCAAAAACUGAAUAUGAGACACGUUCUGUAGUAUUGCUUCACUGAAUAAAGUUUGAUUGU